AUGAAGCUCUUUACGGGUAAAUCUUCACUGUCGCUACUGAUACUGCUAUUUCUCCUGUUAUUACUGAUUUCAUCGAUUCCUUAUGCUGAAGCUUGUCUGCUGUGUUUCUUACGACUACCUCCAAGGCCGCGGUCCAUCGAUCACCUCUGGUUAUCGGCUCUCGAAGAUGUCAAUCUUCCGGAUACGGCUGCCGAAAUGUGUCAGAUUUCGCGUGAUCAUUUGCCAUUUCGGCCGAAAUGUCGCCAAGGUUUGGCGAAAAUUUUUUGCUCACUAUCGGAUUUUCUGGACAAUAACUGGAAGGAAUGCUAUUCAGGCGGGGGCGAAGACGGUUUUUCGGAAUGCGCCAACUGCUCAUUGAGCAAACUGAAAAUCCUGCAGCAAACAUCAUGGGUUGUUACGUGGUUGGAUUCGUUGGGAAAAAUGCCACCAGCGGUUAGUGAAGGCAAUUAUUACUGGUUGGGUGAUUACGAACAAUGUUCCGUGUUGCGAGAAACAGGAUCAUUCGAUGGUCGAUAUUGCCGAAUCUUGCUCGAUAUUCCGGAUGUUGAGAUGCGUCAGCAUUGCCAGCAUCCCGAAAUACUUGGCGUACAGUUCGGCUUAUGCACACCAGCUACAUGCACACCCGAAGAAAUCACACAGUUUGCGCAAAGUGAUUUUAUGAAUAUGUAA